UCACUUGAACGCUCAUUAGGUACCCCGCUAGCAAAAAAGCAGGUGAUGGAAUAUUCAUUGCCUUGCUGUUUAAUUGGAUGAGCAGGGACGGCGUCAUCUGCUAAUCCAUUUUAAGAAGCAUUGAGGCCAUUGGUCAAAUCUUUAAAAGGGGACUCAUACAGAGCACACAAACACACACACAUACUGGAAGCCAAUCGAUCAAGUUGAAAUGGAUUCCAUCUUGUCGUUGGGUGCUCCUCUCAAGCAAUUCACCAGCACAUGUAUUCCUGGAAAGAGCAGCUCCCCCAUAAAAGGGAGCCAGGGCCGCAGAAGCAGCUUCACGCGCCGGAGGAGCAUCAGCAGACGAAGAAGUCUGCCCUGUGGAGCCCAGAAAGGUCCAGACUCACACUGGCUAAGAGUGUACCAGGCUGAAAUGAAGAGAGAGAGGAAACGACAGCAGGCCGCGCUGGCCAAGAAGAAUGCUGAGCGCUGUGUCAGGAAAACUCACUUCAGGAGCCAUCACUGCUUGCCAAGGAAAACAAGCACAAGCAGAAAAGGAGCAUCAAAAAAGGAGGAUUCUCUCUUUGGAGCUUUCCAGGGCCUCAGUCUGGAUGGUGUGAUGGGUGGCGUGAAUGCGUCCGCCGCCGCCGCCACUAACGCAGCAGGGGGAGACCAGUGCAGCGUCAUGUGAACGCGGCACUGUGAACAUUGGGAGCUUAAGAUCAGGGGAUGCUUUGAGAAGAAUUGUCAAUUUGUGUCUAUGCACUUUUAAUGACACCACCAUUCAAAGAAGAGGACUAAAGGUUCCGCUUAUCUGGCUUACUGUCCUUUUAUUUAGAGACAAAUGCCAAAAUAACUGCAACUAGAUGACAUUUAAUGCAGCGUCGGAAGUAGCUGCCGAAAUGGACAUAUACAGAGUUACAGAUGGGCAUAAAAGGGAACUUUGAUUUUCUGAAUAUAUAAAAAAAAAAAAAAAAAAAAUCCAAGAUAUGGACGAUGCAUUAUUUACUUACAUGAGGUGAUAGGAUCCAAGAAAGUGUCUGAGAACAAAAAAAAAAAAAAAAAAAAAAGACCGACUGCUGGGACAUAUAAAGGUAAACGGUAUGGAAAACAGCAGAUUUGAAGUGAAUGAAGUCCUGGUUGU